UGAUCGGGAAUCUGUUGGUUCGGUCUGAUCGGGAAUCUGUUGGUUCGGUCUGUCAGAUCCAAUAUGGCGGCCUCCUCAGCUUCACGUGAACUAUUCACGGAGGGAGUCCGAGCGGUUCUGAGCAGCUGGCCGGUUCUCCAGAUCGCUGUGGAUAAUGGGUUUGGAGGCGUGUAUGGGCAGCAGAAAGCUGAUUGGAUGGUGGAUGUGGUCCAACAGUAUUUCCAUGACAAUGCUGACUUGCAGCAGUACGAGGUCGAGGACUUCAUUGCUCAACUGAUGGAUCAGGAGUUUGACACAGUGGUGGAUGAUGGGAGUUUACCUCAGGUGUCGGUCAGUUUGCUGCAGGUGUUCACUCAGUGGCAGCAGGGAGCGCUGCAGCAGCUCAAACACACCAUCAGCUCUCUGACACAGAAGACGAGUCAGAGGGCAAAGGUCACGGCUCCGCCCGCACAGUCUGACGACAGCGAUGAUGACACACAGGCGAUGGAGUGUGAAUCUUCCAGUCCAUCAGUCAGCAGGACAGAUCCUCCUCCUCAGGAUGAAGAGGAUGGGUGGACGGUGGUUCGUAAGAAGAAGUGAAGAGGAGGAUGAAGAGCAGUAUGAACUGUUGAAGCAGCUGACCUUUGACCUUCAGGAUGGGACUGUGUGUGUUUUUAUAUUAAAACUGUUCAAGAUGC